AUGUCACUUAGGCAGAAGAUUGUGAGUCUGUGUGUGGAUAACGAUCAUGUUCUGCAGAUAACCAUAGCCGGCCCCCCGGGGUCCGGAAAGAGCACAAUGUCUCAGAGAAUGGUUAUGAACUACGGAUUCAAGCACGUAUCUGCCGGUGAAUGUCUGAGGGAAGAAAUGUCAAAUCCUAAUUCAAAGAAUCAACAAUUAAUUCGCAGCUACAUCGAUGCGGGAAAGGUGAUACCCGUGGAGGUCACAAUCGAACUGCUCAUCAAAAAGAUCGAGUCGUUAGGUUGGGGGCGCGAUGUCGUUAUUGUUGACGGAUUCCCGAGAAAUGCCGAUAAUGUAAAAGGGUGGGCAGAGAGACUAUCCGAACGUACUGAGUUAAUACACAUGUUGGCAUUAAAUUGCCCUAUAGAAGUAUGCCGUCAGAGAAUACUAGGACGAGCAAACGAGUGUGAGCGUACCGAUAAUGCAUCUGUAGCCAUAGAUAAUAGAAUGAAGGUUUUCUUCGACGAUACGAUACCCAUCAUGUAUUGCAUGAUGAUGGCUGGCAAAUGUACAGUUUUAGAUGCAUCAGGCACCAAGGAAGAGGUAUGGAAUCAGAUAACACAGGCACUCACGAAGUUAGGGUUCCAACCUAAGCAGAAAGAUAGUUAA